AUGUCGAAGGAAGGUGAUGCAGUGGUUGUCGAAGAUGGUGAAAGACGCGCGUCCGUCUUCAAUGAUCCGCACGCCCGCAAACAAAGCGUCGUUGCGAUGACCGAAAAUGUUGAGGGAGAAAUCAAAAAUCCUUUGUCUGACAUACCCAAAGACAAACUGCUGGACGAUGUCGAGCAUUUCGCGAGGGAAAAUGACCUUAUGGACAUCCUUCCGCACAUGAAUAAGGGUGCGCUCGUCGCUAAGAGCCCCCGUGACUUUGAGAGUCUUGAGGAACUGGACGAGGCGGACAAGGAAGUUUUAAGGAACGAGGUCCUCCACCGAUGGAGGUUGCCUUGGGCGCUUUACUAUACCAUCAUUCUCAAUUCUAUUGCUGCAGCCAUUCAAGGAUGGGAUCAAACAGGAUCCAACGGCGCAAAUGUGUCAUUCCCUCUAGAGUUCGGAAUCCAAGAUAGCGGCGAUUGGUGUAAUCUAAGCGCGGCAAAUGAGGCAGCUUGCGACAGAAAUUCAUGGAUCGUUGGGUUUAUAAAUUCAGUACCUUACAUUUCUAUUGCCAUUUUCGCUGGUUGGCUAAGUGACCCAAUCAAUAAUCUUUUCGGACGUCGAGGAACCAUCUUCAUCGCGGCUGUUUUCAGUUUACUAGCCCCCAUUGGCUCUGCUGUGACGCAAAAAUGGGGUGAACUAGCUGCUUGCCGUAUUCUUUUGGGGAUUGGCAUGGGCUUGAAAGAAGUUACUGUCCCAGUGUUUUCAGCAGAGAAUACCCCGGCUAAUGUGCGUGGUGGCCUUGUCAUGUCAUGGCAGGUCUGGACUGCUUUUGGUAUUUUGAUGGGAACCAGCGCCAAUCUCGCGGUUGUCCACGCUGGAGAUAUUACAUGGCGCUUACAACUGGGAUCAGCCUUUAUUCCUGCAGUCCCUCUGGUUAUUGGCAUCUUUUUCUGCCCGGAAUCCCCGAGAUGGCUUCUGAAAAAGAAGAACUACAAGAAAGCGUAUCGUUCGUUGCUCCGACUUCGUAACACACCGCUUCAGGCUGCCAGAGAUCUGUACUAUAUCCAUGCCCAGCUUGUCCAAGAGCAAGUUCUGCUUGAAGAAAGCGGCCUUGCGAAAACUGAUAACUUCGUUACUCGAUUUGUUGAACUGUUCACCAUCCCACGUGUUCGUCGUGCAACGCAAGCUUCUGGUAUCGUAAUGAUUGGCCAGCAAAUGUGCGGAAUCAAUAUCAUCUCCUUCUAUUCAACGACGAUAUUUAUCCAAGCAGGUGCUAGCAACAUCGCGGCGCUCCUGGCCUCGUUCGGAUUCGGUGUUGUCAACUUUGUCUUUGCCUGGCCGGCGGUCUGGACCAUCGACACUUUUGGACGGCGUGGCUUGCUGCUUUUCACUUUCCCACAGAUGUUUUGGACCCUAUUAGCAGCCGGAUUGUGUUUCUACAUCCCCGAGGAAAAUAACGCACAUAUCGGCCUCAUCGCCUUCUUCGUUUACCUCUUCUGUGCCUUUUAUUCACCGGGAGAGGGUCCAGUGCCUUUCACAUAUUCCGCAGAAGUAUUCCCCCUCUCUCAUCGUGAGAUGGGGAUGAGCUGGGCAGUCGCUACGAACAAUUUCUGGGAAAUCAUGAACCAGCUGCUGUGCUUGCCCUUACAUUCCGCCGUCUACUACGCGCAUUCAAGCCACAGGGUGCCUUCGGCUUUCUAUGCGGCUAUGAACAUAGUAGCCCUGGUACUAAUCUUCCUCUUCAUGCCCGAGACCAAGCAGCGUACGCUAGAAGAGCUCGAUUAUGUCUUUGCCGUCCCAACCCGUACGCAUGCGUCGUACCAGCUCUUCACUGUGCUGCCAUGGUGGAUCCAUACGGAGGAUAGGAAGAGGGCUGCUGUGCGUGAGACUGGUGCUAUGAACGCGGAGAUUGCGUAG